GACUCGAUUCUUUGAAAGAGACUGCGAACCAUGAACGCUAUCUCUCCUAACGAUUUCAUGGAAGCUCUAGAAAACCACAGCGGAAGCGACUCCGACACCAACAUCGACGACGACGAUGCCGCCGAGUACUACCAGCCAGUCUCCGCCGUCGAUUCCGACGACGAGGAUCAGCAUCUCGCAAACGACGCUGUUGUUUCUCACUCGCAGCUCCUCCCCAACGGUUUGAUUCUGAACCAGGCGCAGAUGGGAGUGUCGUCGAUCAGAUUAAACGACGGCGUUGAGGGUGAGAAUGGCGGUAGCAGCAGCAGCCAAGUGGAGGAGGAAGAUGAGAUUGGAGAGGGUGCUGAUUCGGCGAUCAGGAGCGCGAUCAGAGAAGACGAGAGUCGCCGGAACGCGCCCUUGACGCCGGAGAAUGCGACGAGGGUUAUGGAGGCGAUGAGGGGGAUUUCGUUUGCUGGAGUGGCUCCGGAUUGGGCGGAUCGGAUCCCUGAAGAGAACUGGAUGGAUCGCCUUCGCCGGCUCCGGCAGUCACCCCAGAGUUAAGGCAUUAUUCUUGUUUUCUUGAAUUGAAUUGGAUUAGAAUUGAAUGUAAUGUAAGAUUGUUCGUUUUGAUUACUGAGAGUAAUAUCAUUACAAGAACCAGAUUUUCAGCUUAGUACACUAUUCUACACUGAAU